GCAAACCCGUCGUUGCCUGCCAGUACGUGAAAGAGCGUUCAAAACCACACUUGGUUAGCUCUGCUUAUUUUUCAAACCAAAACAAUUCUUCGUGUCCACAACCCACAGAGCACAAACCCAUAGGAAAGCGAAACAUUCGCAACCACGACGAAGGAAUCACACAAACCCAACAAGCACAAACAGCAAUAACAACCGCAACUAAUCCAAAAACAUGGUCCAUCAAUCCACCCCAUCCUGUCCUUCCGGACAGAUGAACACCUUCAAGCGCAACAGGACCUCCAUCCUGCGACCCCACGAGCUCGUCGAAAUCCAGGGAUCUUACUGGCCUAGAAUCUUGGUUCUUUCGGAAUACGCAGAAGGAAGACGAAAGAAGUCAAAGUUCUCGAAGGAAUCGCUCUUUGUUCCCAUCAAGGUAUCCCGAAGACUGAAGAAGAAAGAAAUGCUCCAGAAACUGAAGAAGCUCUCGCCAACGUCAAGCCCCAUGCACCGGCCGCUUUCUCCAUCCUUUGUAGCGUCUCCCAACGCCCUCGCAAGCAUCCCCGCGUUGGACCAGGGUUGCAGCGCCUGCUGGAAGCCGUUCGCUCUCGAACCUUCCAAGACGAAGACCUCUUCCCUCACGGGUCGUGUGGUCGUCUCCCAGAAAGAUAAUGCCAAGAACCACGUCGUYGGACAAUCUUCUUCCGGCCUCAAGGGACCACGUCGAAGAAAGCCGUUGACUGCGGGUUUGGCGCACAGAUGAUCAUAGGUCCUAGCACAGCACAAGACAACACACUUAGGAAAGAGAAACACAAGAGGAGCAACUAUCUUCAUUACAAUCGGGGCCCACAUUCAAUGCAUAUAUACAUACAAAAUUACAGCAGCUUUCCUACGCUAUACUCCGCGAUGGAACAAUCGAAUCACCUACCGGAAACCAAGCCGCGUUCGGUGAUUUAUACACGAGACUAGCUGAUAGAGAUAAUAACAACUUUGAGAUUUA